AAUAAAAAACUUACUAAUCAAUGUCAGCUGUUACUAGCCAGUACAAAACUGAACUAACUUAAAAAGUGAUUUAAGAGUUGAAACGUUGGUUAAAAGUCUAAAUAUCGCUUCCGAAACUAUCAUGAAAUCUAGUAUCAUUCUAAAAUCGUUGUUUUUAUUUUUUUUAUGUUUUACCUGUUUUGAACUAACUUUCUAUGUGAAACAUUUUAUGCCUAUUAAAAAAAUGACUAUUCUAAACAUUAAAAAGCACAUUUUACCAGCAGUAAAUAAUCGAGCACUUCUGAAUGCGAUUUCAAACGCAUCAUUUUUUAAGGUCGACACAAAAGAAGCGACUGAAAAUUGUAAAGGAGAAAACGACGAGGAACGUUUACGAGUAUUUCGCGAACUUCUGAGAGACAUUGUUCACGGAUCUUUACAAAGUGUCCGACUUAGUCCCGAAGAUAUUCCAAACACUGUACAUUUCACUUGGUGUGGUUCCAAAAAGUUUCGCUUUGCAGAUUCCAUUGGAUUUUUAAGUUUUGUACGCCUGCUGCGACCUGUCAAAAUAAUAUUUCAUUAUAACGAACUUCCAAAGUUUAGCCUCUACGACAUGUGGUUUCAAGAAUUAAGGCAAUCCUUACCUCAACUUGUUCUUAGGCAUACUAACAAACAACUUAGGUGCGGCACUAUAGACUCUCUUAACUUUGCUUUGGAACAAUUGGCUGCUAGUGUAGGAGGAGGCAUAUAUUUUGGUGAGAGAGCAGCGUUGACGUAUAUUCCAGAAAGUUGGAAACAACUAGACCAGUUGACCUAUAUGGUAGCUGGAUCAGUUUCCAGUGAGCAGAUGAUAGUUUACAGCAAAUUCGGACUUAUCAAUAAAACGUCUACGUUUGAAAUGUAUAGAGAAGAAAUACUGAACAAGACUUACCAUUGUGUGAACUUAGAGCAAUUCAACAAACAAAUGGAACAGUACUCACAGGUUCCACAAUUCGAUAAGUACAUUAUAUCUCCAUGUCUCGUGCUGCCAGAAAAAAUAUAUCCUGAAAAUAUAAUUAAUGUAAGUUCUCCAUUCGCAGAAGUGGCCAGAACAUUUUUUUAUGGAACACCUCGUCUGAUGGGUGCGAAACAAAGCCAGGACCCUAAUGAUGUUAUACCAGCUAUUAGUCACUACAUUUCACUGGCAAAAGAUAACAAAUCUGUGGAAUGGACAUUUUCUCAUUAUAUGAGCAUACUCUCUGCUUUGUAUGUUGGAGGUUUUCAAAGGGUCUAUGUCCAUGGAGACCAAGUUCCUGUUGGGGAAUGGUGGAGAAGACUCCAAACAGAGAACGUCACUUUUGUUUUUAUAGAAAACAUCGAGACAGUAUAUCAACAAAAAGUUCGUGUACUUGCUCACCAGUCAGACAUUUUGAGAUCUUUAAUUCUGAUGAAAUAUGGAGGAGCUUAUCAGGACCGAGAUGUCAUUUGGGGUAACCCAGUUAGUGAAGAGAUUCGAAAAUAUCCCACGUUAAUGUCUUAUGAUUGGCCAGACUACGGCGAAUGGCCAAGGGCUAUAAAUAUGGGAGUAUUAAUGUCAAGGGCGAAAUCUCCAUUUCUCUACACAUUUCUGGACACAUUUUGGCUUGAGAAAGAUGCUGAUUGGGGUUACAAUGGAAUAUUGAUGCCCUACAAAGUAUUUGAAAUGAAUCCUGAAUCUGUCUACAUUUAUGAACAACUUCAGAUUAUCUGCUAUAUCAACAUUUGUCAUCCAACCUGGCACCCUGAUUAUAUACGUCCUUACUCUGACAGCGAAAAGCCGACGGGGAAUUUUUCCCUGAACGAACCAUUAGCCUAUCAUUUCACGUAUCCCAAGCCUGAUCCAAGCCUGGUUUCAUUCGACACAAUACGUAAUGGAACGAAUAUUGCAGCUCAGAUUGCACAAAGAACAAUAAAAGCUGUAGAAAAAGCUGGAAAAUUUUAUCUUUUGAAAUAAAAGUACAAUAAACCUUUA